UCCUGCCUCAUUUAUUAUCCUCAAACUCGGAUCAGCGCUCUGUCUGCGCCAAGUGAUGCUCCUCGGUGGCGCACGUCGGUGGGCUACACCGCAUGCUUCAGGACGGACUGCUCCGUGCUGUUACAACCUUUGGAAACUGUAGGACGACCGAACAUGGGAAUUUAACGAGAUCUUUACUUAAGUGAGCCGGAGGAGGACAGGACGCGCAAGAAACGCUGAAGUCCCAUACGGGUGAGGAGGACGAGAAGGAGGCACUCCGGGGAACCAUUCCGCGCGGACGGUUCUGUGCUUUCCACAGUUUAAAAUGGACUCAGCGCGCCGGGUUGUGGUGUGUGGCAGUUCAUAAUUACACCACGGGACCAGUGAACGCGGAGUGGCGGAGUUGCGGGUGGUCGAUCGGCGCCUUCCCGUUGCGAUGGAGUGAAGGCGCGCGGUAACUUCAGCCUCGCUAUGAAAUCAGUGUUCUUCAGCCGUUUCUUCAUCCUGCUGCCGUGGGUCCUCAUCGUCAUCAUCAUGAUCGAUAUCGACACUAAAAGGACAAUCCAGGCUCCGGCAGCGGGGCGGACUGGCAGGGCGCAGCGGUCGACACGUGUCGGCGCGCCAGGAUCCGACGGCGGCAGCCAAAACCAGUCCGCUCUGCCGGUGAUCUACGCCAUCACUCCCACGUACAGCCGGCCGGUGCAGAAAGCAGAGCUGACCCGGUUGGCCCACGCGUUCCGCCAGGUGCCACGUUUCCACUGGAUCGUAGUGGAGGACUCGACGGCGCGCACAGAGCUGGUGGCGCGCUUCCUGGCGCGGUGCGGCGUGCCAUACACGCAUCUGCACGUGUUCACACCUCGAAGGUUCAAGCGUGCAGGUAUGCCGCGCGCCACAGAACAGAGGAAUGUGGCGCUCACGUGGCUCAGACAGCACCGGAGCCGACUGGACACCGGCGUGGUUUUCUUCGCAGACGAUGACAACACGUACAGCCUGGAGCUGUUUGAAGAGAUGCGAAGUACUCGAGGCGUGUCUGUGUGGCCUGUGGGAUUUGUGGGUGGCAGAGCAUAUGAGCGCCCACUGGUAUCUGGCGGUAAAGUUGUUGGCUGGUACACUGGCUGGAGACCGGACCGCCCCUUCGCCACUGACAUGGCAGGUUUUGCAGUGAACCUCCAGGUGAUCUUGACGAACCCACAAGCACAGUUUAAGCGACGCGGCUCCCAGCCGGGCAUGCAGGAGUCCGACUUCCUCAAGCAGAUCACGAAGGUCACUGAGCUGGAACCCAAAGCCAACAACUGCACCCAGGUGUUGGUGUGGCACACUCGGACGGAGAAACCGCACCUCGCCAACGAGCCUAAACAUCAGAAGGACACGGUGGUCAUCGAGGUGUGAGAGGAAGGCGAGUCGGGCUCCCCGUCACAAUUUCUCAUAGGGUCGGGCAGAGACUCUGAGGGCCUGCAUGAAUCCAAACUUUGGCUCGCAGACAGAAAUAGCACCAAUUGUUUGUUUACAAAGUGGAACAAUUCAGACUGUUUUUUUUUUCUUGUUCAACUGAGGCUUGCUGAUGUAAAAUUCUGAGAAAAAAAAAACAACUUGCCGUGUUAUUUUCAGUCAUUACUAGCUCAUUUUUAGCCAUUAUUGUCAAAUUAAGUGUAACACUGUGGUGUAAUUACCAUAAACAAAUCAGCCUGUGGUCAGAUCACUUAUGAGUGUGAUGUUGUUCGUGCUGGUGUUUCCCAAAAUUAAGACCACGUUUUCCAUAAUUAACGCUUCAUCUUUUACAGAAGAAAAUAAACAUCAGAGGAAAAU